AGGGGCGGCGGAAGCGGAAGCGGCGCCGGGGGUGGGGGGGAGCGCUAAGAUGGCGUACCAGACCUUCCGGCAGGAGUACCUGCAGGUGCCGCCCGUGACGCGGGCCUACACCACGGCCUGCGUCCUCACCACCGCUGCCGUGCAAUUAGAACUAAUCACACCCUUCCAGCUGUAUUUCAACCCUGAGCUAAUAUUUAAACACUUUCAAGUAUGGAGGUUAAUCACAAACUACUUAUUCUUUGGACCAGUUGGCUUUAAUUUUUUAUUUAACAUGAUCUUUUUAUAUCGUUACUGCCGAAUGCUUGAAGAAGGCUCUUUUCGAGGUCGGACGGCAGAUUUUGUAUUUAUGUUCCUUUUUGGAGGACUUUUAAUGACUGUUUUUGGCCUGUUUGUGAACUUGGUUUUCUUGGGUCAGGCAUUCACAAUAAUGCUCGUGUACGUGUGGAGCCGCAGGAAUCCCUACGUCCGGAUGAACUUUUUUGGCCUUCUCAUCUUUCAAGCCCCGUUUCUACCCUGGGUAUUGAUGGGCUUUUCGCUACUUUUGGGGAACUCCAUCAUCGUGGAUCUCCUGGGCAUUGCCGUUGGGCACAUAUAUUUUUUCUUAGAGGAUGUCUUUCCCAAUCAGCCCGGUGGUAGAAGACUUCUGAGAACACCAUCUGUCCUGAAAGCAAUAUUUGACACGCCAGAGGAUGACCCUAAUUACAAUCCCUUGCCAGAAGAACGACCAGGAGGAUUUGCAUGGGGAGAAGGUCAGCGCCUUGGAGGCUAAUCUGUGUCUGUGCCAAAACCCAGCGACAACUGGGAGAGACUGACCUGAAUAAAGUUCCAUCCUGGGGAGUCUCUCAUUCCCCAUGGCAGAAAGGACGCUUUUUGACGGCUCUAUGGUUUUGAAUACAAGCACUUUAUGAAACAACAGUCUGAUCCACAACACUUCCAGGCUACCAGUGUCUUUCCCAGUCAGGGAAUUUGUUGUGCUGGUAAUGAAAGUAAUAAUCCGUGGAGCCAAAAAAAACUGAAACUGGAAAUGAUUUCCUGUCAACUUCAGUUAACAAGACCAUGGGUAUUUGUUUAAAGUGAUUUCUAAAGCAUUUUUUAUUUUUAUCAAGUUAUUUGAUACAGGAAACUAUAUGGGAAACUUUACGGGGACAAAAACAACUUUUGGGGUUUUAACUCAUUUUUUUUUUAUUCUUGGAUAAAACAGCUACAAGAUGGUUGGAAGUGUAAGUCCCUAUUUCAAUGGCAAAAGAGUUUUGUUUUUUUAAUCUGAGAUGCUGUCAUCUCCAGUCUGGUUUGAAUGUAAGAAGUACACCAUGCAGUGUAACAUGGGCUUUGUGUUCUGCCAGUUGGGCCUCUGUGUGCAUACACUUGAGGGCUGAAAUUUUGAUGACUUUUUUUCCCCCAAAGACUCUGUGUUCAGACCACCAGGUUCCUGGUUUGUUUGAAAAGGUAAUUCUACAAAAUGCAGCCCCACACACACAUGCACUCUUCUAACAGGCUUAAAUGACUUGGGAGCACUAGGGAAGAAAACUUGGCUGGAGUCGGAACUGCUCAAACAUCUCAGAUGAUAAGUUGAAUAAAAUGUCUUGUGGAUCCUUUUUUUGUUAAUAUUUUGUACAAUCCUACAGUCUUGAGGCAGUUGGUGAAAAGUCAGAGGCUGGAAAAAGCAAGUCCUUGAAGAGAUAGCUUUAAUGCAAGCUUUUCCCAUAAGUGUGCUCAAGAUGUUGAAUUCCUGGUUUAUGUCUGACAUUUGUUGGGGGAGAACUGUGUCCAGCGCAGGUCAGUGACACCGAAAGAGGUUUAGCUUGAAGUUACGUUGAUUAUAAAUAUCUAAUUGGGGAAUUCAGAGCACAGUUCAGCUCAUUGCAUUCAGUCGCUCCUAAGAGGCUAUGGACUGUACUCAGUGGCCCUUUAUUGAUUAUAUUAUGAUAGAUAAAAACAGAUAGUGUUGAAACUGCGUCGUCUUCCCAAAUUUGGGAGGAUAGGUUGACCUGUGACGCACACGUUAUCAUUUUGCUUAGUCUCAGAUUUUGCUGUUCUUAAAAACGCUACAGGUUUUUAACUUGUUUGUAGUCCAGGAGAUGAAUGUGUUGGGAUCGUGUGGGGAAAUGCUUUGUUCACAAGCAGCGUGUUAGAUUCUGAUAAACCAAAUUGGUGAGUCCAUUUGUAUCUGGAUUUUAUCUGUUAAAAGGUUAAUAAAAACUUAAAGGAGA